AUGUUGAGCACAACCUUUACCCUGCUGGCAACAGCACUACUAUGCUCUGCAGCUCCGGUCGACAAGCGUUCAACUAGUGGCGCUGUUAUCACGACCGAUUUUCCUGAUCCAGCACUUGUCAGCGUCAACAACAAGUGGUUCGCGUUUGGUACCCAAUCGCUGUAUGACUACAAGAACAUCCACAUCCAGGUUGCUUCUUCAUCCGACUUCAACUCUUGGUCCCUUCACGAGGGUCAAGAUGCCUUACCAAACUUGCCUGGUUGGGUUGACCAGAGUAACCCUCUGGUUUGGGCUCCUGAUGUAAUGCACUUGGUGAGCUGGUCAUAUCCGUUUGAUCGUGAACCUACCCGACUAACACAUCAACAGGACGAUGGCACCUUUGUGAUGUACUUCAGUGCCACCACCAACACUGGUGGCAAUGGCAACUACCACUGCAUCGGUACAGCUACUAGCUCCAAUGUAGAAGGCCCUUACAACCCAUCGCCAGAUCCAUGGUAUUGUCCUGUUGACCAGGGCGGCGCCAUUGAUGCAGCUGGCUUCAGAGAUGCAGACGGAACUUGGUACAUCACCUACAAGAUAGACGGAAACGCCAAAGGAAACGGAGGUAUAUGCAACAAUGGCAACGCUCCUAUCGUCAACACACCCUUGAUUAUCCAAAAGGUCGGAGCAGACGGCAUCAGCAAACAAGGAAGCCCUUCAACCAUCAUGAACCUACAAUCUUCAGAUGGCCCAGACAUUGAAGCUCCCGCCAUGAUCAGAAGGGGAAGCACAUACAUUCUUAUGUUCAGUUCUCAUUGCUACAGCACAAACAGCUACGAUACACUAUACGCAACUAGCAACUCACCCACCGGAGGAUUUGUCCGAGGAGGAAGUCUUUUGGGAGGCGGAAGAGGUGGACUCGAUGCCUCUUUGGACGCGACUCAUGUUGCUUUCCACGGACUGCAGGGUGAUGGACGCAGAUUCAUGUACACUGGCACUCUCAACAUUAACGGCAACACUGUUACCCUCUAA